AUGCAUGGAGAAGAGUAUGGAAAACUGACCGAGUGGCAGGAAGAGAAAGCCCAUGGAUGGAACUACAUCGGGUUUCCCAGGGGAACGAACGGAAAUGGGGCUCCUGGCAAAAUCAACGCCAUUGCGAAAGCUUUUGAACUUGGCUUCGAAAGGGCCAACGAGACGUCCAGCGCAGUGGAAUUUGCGUCGGCAUACUUAAAUCAACCCUUUUCUACUCCACCAGUCUUUGAUCUGCAAGCUUUAUUAUCUAUCGCUCAGUGUCAACUGAAUAUGCAUGAGGAUCACCUCUGGCUCUUACAAACAGAUCCAGCAUAUACGCGACGCUACAUUCCUCAUGUACUAGCAGGACAGUUUGGGCAGAUUUUAACCAAGAACUUUAAGGAUGUAAUGGCAGGAUCGAAGCUAAUGCGAGAUGCAACUAUAUAUUGGUCUUGGGAGGGGAUAUUGGAGGAGGUUCAGAAGGUUCGGGAUGUGCACCUGAAAUUCAAGAGUGUUAUACACGCGGACGAAUCGCUGCCUGAGCCCUAUGAACGUGCUUUGGCGUCUCUUGAGGCACUUCUCAUCUAUCAGAUUCAAUACCGGUCAAAGUACAUACAAAGGAUUCUUCCCUUUCGGCCUGGAUUUCAUCAAUACUUCGAAUUCAUCAACAUUCCACACCUCCAUUCGACGGCUGUAUUACCGAUACGCCAAGACAACGCAACUUCUAUCUUUGAAGUAUUCUUCAAAGAUAAGUUGGACUGGUGUCUUAGAACGCUGGCCGGUCAAAAUACUGAUUACGUUGAGGAGUGGAUCCCUGAUGCUACACCUCGGCACAAUCAUGCCAUGAUAUUUGCGGUGUUAGAUGAGCAUCUAACCCAAUGCCUCAAAGAGGGUCGAAAAGAGGAGGUUGCUCGUCUAGAUGAAGUUCUUUAUUCUGAAUAUUCGGAUCUCGCUGCGGUCCAUCAAAUGCUUGACAUGGUAGGCUUGCACAGGCCCCGCUGCGCUCGGCGCGAUCUCCAAGGAAUUGGGAUUUCAGAGACAAGCAAAGGCUGGCGUUAUGUCAAGAAGCACUUCUUCGCUCAAGACCCAUUGAGGAAAAUGAAGGUUGGACCAGAUGGUCUGUGGCACGAUAAUGGACAUGUUCCUAUGAAGGAAGCUGAAAGUCAGAAGAUCGUGACUGAACAACGACUAGCAAAACUCAUGAAUGAUUUUCUAGCUACUCCAAACCCCACAGGUUCCCGAAUUCAGCAAGAGUGGCUUGACCAGGAUGCCUCCCAACGAGCUGCGCUUUCGCAAUUAUGGGCCGGAGCGCGUGAUCGUCAUCGAGAAACACUGCAGCGCCUCGAAUUCGACGAAAACGAUAUUGUGUCGGACUUGAAAGUUCUAUCUGCAGCUAGCCACCCAGACUACAUUAGAAGCGUACGAAACGAACGAGACGAAAUCAAAGCUAAGAUUGUGCAGCGAACGCGGAAACAUCAGAUGAUCAACGAGCAAUUAGGAGCGUUGAACCUUGAAGCUCAUAGCCCAAAUAUCACGCCCAAAUUCGAGUUCAAAGAAGUAAAGGCAAAGAUCAAGACUCGUUCAGUGGCAAACCCGCUAAUGAUUCCGGGAGGAAUUUCCCCAUCUCUAUCCUUAUCCGAGUUGGCUCAAGAGCUCCCAACGCACAUCCAAGUCUCAGUAAGCAAGAGCGCACUCGGUAUAUUCCAUUCCAUGUUUAAAAGCAGGAACUCUGAAGAAGCAUCACAGAAAUCGGUCAAGUGGGACUCGUUUGUACUUGCCAUGGCCGAGCCGGAACUGGGGUUCGUUGCUCGCCACAGCGCCGGCGGAUCUGCUGUCCAGUUCGAGCCGAAUGAGAGAUCGAAAUGGUUUGGAGAGGGCAAGAUUGUUUUCCACAAGCCGCACCCUGUUCCGAUUAUUGAUCCUGUUAUGCUGUCUUCGAUGGGCAAGAGGUUGAACAAGUGGUUCGGAUGGGAUAACGAGACCUUUUUAUUGAAAGGGGGGAAUUAG